GGAAGAUGUUAUAAAGAAGUGCAGCAGUGAAUCAGAUUGGCUAGUCGGGAGAGCAGCCCGGGAUUUGGUAGCAAUUGGCCCGCACUGUACUUUCUGUACUACAGCUGGAUCUGUGCAGUGCUUAAUCGGAAACAGCAAUGAGAACGAUUAUUUUGAAAAGCCCCCUUUCAUAAUUUCGGUCCUUUUAUUUACUUGUGGGUUGUUGCCAGUUGUACGCCGGCGAUCGUGAGGGGCGAUAGAGAGGGAGAGUAUCCCCACGCUAGUGCGUGAUUCCACCGAUUAGUCUGUACUAACUGCCACACUGCAGUCGGCAUCCCCGGCUUCUCCGGAUUCCAUUCUCCCGUUUAGCGCAAGUUGGCUGCUUUGUGUGACUUUGUACUCUUUUGCACCUACACUUGUUUCCCGAACAGCUCAUAGUACACAGGCUCAUACAUCCCGGUCGGUGACUGAGCUCUAAGGGAGCAUAUAUCGUCGCGCCGGUAGAGCAGCGAUGAUUCGCGUAAUAUUUGGUAACUGGAUGUAUGAAGAAGUUGCAUGCCAGGACAUGGUGCAGCGGGAUGAAGAUUAAGCCGGCUGGAUAUCCUAGAUGUGGUUUCUAAAAUGGGAAUUUUUGCUAUUGUGCACCAUGUUUUGCCGAAACCGCAUGCGACAUCCAUUUUCAUUAGGCUUUCAUGAGUUAUUAGUUGCGGAUUGAUGUGCUGUGGCAGCUUAUGAGCAAAACACUAAGCAGUCGCAGCGGGUUCUGAUGUGGUCGAUCCGAUAUGACACCAUUGUGCUUUGUGUGACUGGAAUAUGUUAACAUCAGAAAUAUUUUUGAAUAUUAUUCUUCUCACACAUGCUCCACAAAUUCUCAAUCCUCCCGUUGAUACCACGGCCAUCCAUGGCAGAGCUGUCAGUUUCAUUUGUCGUGCAUCGGGUAAUCCAAAGCCGCGUAUUAUCUGGCAGAAAAAUGGUAAACGAGCCGCUUCUUCACGGAUCCUUAUCAAAGAUGUGCCGGGCGGAAGUGCCAGCGUUUUACGGAUUGAUCCUGUUAGACAAAACCGCGAUGACGCAGUGUAUACGUGCCUAGCUGAGAACGGCAUCGGCACACCGGUUACCGCCAGUGCUAAGCUAACCGUGUUGAAAGAUGAUGAGGCGCCGGCGGGCUUUCCAAAAAUCAUCCAUCAUCCACAGCUUAAGUCAGUGGAGAAAGGUGGCAAUGCUGUGAUGUUCUGUCAAGUCGAUGGGAAUCCGCCACCGGAAGUAAUAUGGUUAAAAGACAACAUUCCUCUCGAGCUGGAUAGUAGCCGCUACACCCUGCUAGAUCAAGGUUCUUUGCAAAUCCGCCAAACAGUGGAGCAGGAUGAGGGCGAUUAUGAAUGUCUGGCCAAGAAUGUCCACGGUACACUCCAGUCUAACAGCGCCAAGUUGUACGUUAAGGUGCGCCGUGUCCCUCCAUACUUUUCCAUUCCAUUUAGUCAACAGUACAGCGUCCCGUUGGGAAGUGAUCUCAAUGUGACUUGUGUGGCGGCUGGUGCGCCGGUCCCUUUCGUCAAGUGGCGUGAAGGCUUAAGGGAUGUCGCUCCGGGAGCAGGCGAGCCACAAGCUAUCGGCAAAGUUGUCUUGCAGCUGAAGAACAUCCGAAAAAGCGGCAACUUCACCUGCGUUGCCAGUGCCGAGUCGAACAUGCAGGAUCCAGGCGCCAUCGAAGCCAGCACGUGGAUUAACGUGGACGGCGUGGCUGACCGGCCCCGAGCGGAUGCCAGCAGUGCCGGUCUGCCGUUGCCGCCGCGCAAUCUGAAAAUCUCCGACGUCACCGGCAGCUCGGUUAAUUUGUCCUGGUAUCCGGGUGGGGAUAAUGAGCAGAUUAAGUACUACGUGGUACAGUAUAAGCCGCGGGAUUCAGCGCAAGGCUACUCGGAAAUCAGCGGCAUCACCACGACCAGCCACACCGUCACCAAUCUGAAGCCCUACACACUGUACGAAUUCCAAGUGGUGUGUGUCAAUGACAAGGGCCGCGGACCGCCCAGUGAUGUGGCUGAAAUGACGACCCUGGAAGCUGAGCCAGGAAGUGCUCCGCGCAAUGUGCGUGCCAGAGCGCCCAGCUCCACCAGUUUGUUUGUUGAGUGGGAUCCGCCUAUGUCACCCAAUGGACAGAUUGUGGGAUAUAAAGUGGCAUAUACGACUGAUGCCCGUUUAUCAGUUACCAGCUGGAGAUUUGAGAUGGUCGGGAAUGAACUAUCCACAACUUUAUCCAAUUUGCAGCCGCGUGCGAUGUACACUGUGCGUAUUCAAGCGUACACAUCGGGCGGUCCGGGACCUUUUUCCCGACCGAUUCAAAUUAAAACUCAGCAUGGGAUUCCCGGUCAGGUAACGGACGUGACCUUCCCGUCGGUUUCCACGGAUUCCGUGCGUGUGAAAUGGACUGCACCCGCCUCGACCGGCCACCCUAUUACGUCGUACAAGAUUUACUACAAUUCCAGCGAUGGCGCACACGGCCACGAGACCGUUGAAGCAUCCACCACCGACACUACUAUAAGGAUGUUACGCCCGAGUACGGAGUAUUUUUUCUACAUUACGGCAUCCAGUUCCGCUGGGGAGAGCCCGGCAUCCGAUGCCCUCAAAGUGAUGACCAAGCAGAGCCGACCCGUCGCUCCACCUCAGGCGCUGGCUGGUAAAUAUUUGGACAGUCGCCGCAUCGAGAUCACAUGGCUGCCGCCCGAGCAGGACACUCCGCGGGGCCGGAUUAUUUCCUAUAAAAUCUUCUACCAGCCCAGUGAUCAGGAGCAGGGUGAACCGAUGGUGGUUACUGCCGAAGGGGAAUCACGCCGGUAUAUUCUACGGGAUCUUUCGACGUGGACUGAGUAUAAAAUCUGGAUGGUGGCCAGUACAGCCGUGGGUGAUGGGCCGCCCACGGAACCCAUUAUUGUUCGCACUGAUGAGUCCGGCGUGCCAUCCAAAACCCUUCCGGAGCGGCCACGGAAAGUGGGCGUAACUGUGAAGAACGCCACCAGCAUCGAUGUGGAAUGGCUGCCGCCGAGCCAGAAAGGUCAAAACGGGAUUAUUCGCGGCUAUCUCAUCUUUAUUCAGCCGGUUGAUGAGCGCGAUGAACUGAUUGAUGACACGUAUAAGUACAACAUAAUGGAUGGAACGGCAACGCAUUACACUGUGACCAACCUUAAACCGGAUACGAAUUACAACGUCCAGGUCGGCGCAUAUACGCGUUCAGGAGAUGGAGAGCUGACUAAGCCGAAAAAAGUCAAAACACCUCCCGGAUUGCCUCUCUCUCCCAAAUUAGACGAGCCCAAAUUAUCGGAAGACCAGGGAAAAGUUCAAGUGAAACUGCACUGGAAGAAACCGGAACAAACGUACGGCGCGCUGAAGGGCUAUUAUGUGAUGUACGGGAAGAAAGGCAGCCCAAAGGAGCAGUUCACGGUCAAGGAGAUGCUCCCGGGGGAUGAAUUCAUCAGUAUCGAAGGAUUAGGUCGCGGUGUGCCUUAUGAAUUUCGAGUGGCUGCCUUCAACAAUCUGGGCGUGGGCGUGGAAGCAAUUAAGGAAGUGCAGAUGCCUGAAGGCGUCCCCACUGGACCGCCGCAGAAUAUUUCCUAUCGUUUCGAUUCCCCUUCGGCGGUGCACAUCACUUGGGAUCCGCCAGUACCGGAUAUGCAGAACGGCCUGAUCACCGGCUAUACGGUGUACUUUGACGCCAAUGGGACCAUCGCUAAAACCAAUGUUACGCAACCGUUUUUUGACUUUGAUAAACUGGAACUGCGGAAGGAAUACAUAUUUCGCAUUUCCGCAUGGACAAAGAAGGGCGAAGGGAAAAUCAGCCAGAAUAUCGUCAUAUCGACACCCGCGGAAGUACCGCCGCCUCCUGAAAAUGUACGUGCCGCCGCUAUUAACGACACUCACGCAGAAGUCCGAUGGAAUGCUAUUCCGGACACCCCCGCUAUUAAAAUUUACGGUUAUAAAGUCUCAUUCAGCUGCGUUAAGGAAGUUCGGCAUCUCUGCACGCACGCGGGAUCGGUUGAUGUAGAUCAUGCUACGUCGGUCAUCCUGCCAAAUAUGGAGACCGGCAGAAAUUAUACCGUCAUUGUGGCGGGCAAGACCACUCGUAGUGUUGGGCAAUCGUCCAAAAAAGUAGUUUUCCGAAUGGCACCGGAAGAAGUUCCUAAAGACGUACAUGUGGUCAACGUACUGAAAGAUUCCAUCACAAUUCGAUGGAAACCUCCGUUAGUCGUCAUUCCUUCCAGAUACAUGAUAUCUUGGCGUGGCCGGAAAGUAUUUUUGGACCAAGACGGCAGUACUCAGAUUCGUCAGAUGCCCAAAGGCUCCAAUGAGACUGCUAACACGGAAAUAACACUGAACAAUCUGCGACCGCACACCACCUAUUACAUUGAUUUAACUGCCAUUCCCCUGGAUGGCAGAGAGCCGCCUGCCGUGCGACUGGAAGUGAAAACAGCAAUCGAUGUGCCACCCAUGCUGUUCCCGCCUAAUUUUACCACUGUUACGAAGAAGGAAAUGAUUCGAAUCCAGCUGAAGCGGGCAACGGAAGAAUUCGGCCCGAUUAAGCAUUAUUUGGUAGUGGUUGUUCCCAGUCAGUUGGCGAUCAAGCAUCCGGAUAAUUACACUCUUGCUGAGUUAACGCGGCAUGAAUUGGCGAGUGGACAACAAACACAUCGUACUGUAAAGCCAUCCUUCCCAUAUAUUGCUGCAAAGUUUAGUCGGGAAAAUUUGCCGCACACGUUCGAUGUUGGCGAUGGGAACGUAUAUGAAACAUAUCUGAACCGGCAGAUUGUCCCGGGCCAGCAUUACAGGGUCUUUGUGCGGGCUUACGUGGACAGUCAGAACAUCUCUGAGCCACUGUACACCAGCAGCCCUUUUUCGGAGGACAUCAGUACGGAUAAACGGGCAAAGCCGGAAAUACCGGAAGCCACCCAGAAAGCUGCUCAGUUUCCAUGGUGGAUAAUAUUGGUUGCUGGAUUUAUCUUGGCUGUUAUUAUUGGUCUUAUUAUUUUAUUCUUCGUGAAAAGGAACAAGAAAACCAGAAAACCAAUUCCGGAGCCGCACGUGAAGCCGCCCCAGCCCAGUCCCACAUAUGCCCAGAAGCCGACCACCAAUGGCAAUGGAGCCAUCGGUAACGGACACGGCGGUCAUGCACUGCAAGUCAACACCAGCCCAGAAACAAAGGCUCUUCUCGGAUCAACUUACCCAGAAGAGCCGGAACCGUCCCCCAACUCGACACUGCGGUUACGUGAAGUCGGGCGGGACAAGCGGGACUCCUAUCCCAGUCCGCAACCCGGACGACAUCCGGCCAUUCCGAUCGAAGAUUUGGCCAAUUACAUCAAUAACCUCAAGGCCAAUGAUAAUCUGAAAUUUUCGCAAGAAUACGAGAGUGUGGAAACGAAUCAGCAGUUCACCUGGGAAAACUCCAAUCUGGAAUACAAUAAACCGAAAAAUCGUUACGCCAACGUCGUGGCGUAUGACCAUUCGCGGGUCAUUUUGAAGACGCUGGACGGUAUUCCGGGCAGCGAUUACAUCAACGCCAAUUUCUGUGAUGGUUACCGGCAUAAAAACAUGUACAUCGCCACUCAGGGUCCGCUUCCUGAAACCUUCGGGGAUUUUUGGCGCAUGGUCUGGGAGCAGAACUGCUUCACCAUCAUCAUGAUGACGAAACUGGAAGAACGUGCUCGCAUUAAAUGUGAUCAGUACUGGCCGUCCCGUGGUCACGAACAGUACGGCGUGAUGCUGGUGACCUUGGUGGAUGUACAGGAAAUGGCAUUCUACUGCGUCCGCACGUUCCACCUGCAGCCCAUGGGUCACAUGGACCGGCGGGAAGUGCGGCAGUAUCAGUUCACCGGGUGGCCGGACCACGGUGUCCCAGAGAGUCCAACGCAGUUUCUCAUGUUUUUACGGCGCGUAAAAACCGGCAAUCCACCGGAAGCCGGGCCGUUGGUGGUGCACUGUAGCGCCGGGGUGGGACGGACCGGGGCUUUUAUUGUGAUUGAAGCACAGCUGGAUAGGCUGCAGAGCGAGCGGAGUGUUGAUGUGUAUGGCCACGUGACCUGCCUGCGGGAACAGAGGAACUAUAUGGUCCAGACAGAGGAUCAGUAUAUUUUCAUCUAUGACGCCGUGUUGGAGGCCGUCGAGGCCGGCUUCACGGAAGUCAGGGCGGGGAAUCUCCAUCAGCGACUGCAGAAACUGAUGCAGCCCGUGGGGGGACCGGAAAGCAUUACGGCCAUGGAAUUGGAGUUUAGGAAGCUGGCACCGGUGAAAGCGGAAAUGUCCAAGUUCGUUAGCGCCAAUAUGCCGGUGAAUAAGCAUAAGAACCGGCUGAUUAAUAUCCUGCCCUAUGAGAGUUCACGCGUCUGCUUGGAGCCCAUCAGGAGUAUUGAUGGGUCGGAUUACAUCAACGCCAGCUAUAUUGAUAGUUAUCGGCAGCGCAGUGCAUACAUUGCCACUCAAGCGCCACUCAAGUCCACCGUCGAUGAUUUUUGGAGGAUGAUCUGGGAGCACAACUCCACGAUUAUUGUGAUGCUAACCAAACUACGCGAACUAGGCCGAGAGAAAUGUGAGCAGUAUUGGCCGGUUGAGCGAUCUCAACGGUACCAGUAUUUUGUGGUGUAUCCCGUGGCGGAGUACAGCAUGCCGCAGUACAUUCUGCGCGAAUUUAAAGUAACAGACGCCCGAGAUGGACAGUCGCGCACCGUCAGACAGUUCCAGUUUACCGACUGGCCGGAAGAGGGUGUGCCGAAGAUUGGUGAGGUCUUUAUCGAUUUCUGCCAUCAAGUGCACAAGACGAAGGAGCAAUUCGGUCAGGAAGGACCCAUUACCGUCCACUGCAGCACCGGUGUUGGUCGAACCGGGGCUUUUAUUGCCUUAAGUGUUGUAUUGGAGCGACUGCGUUAUGAAGGCGUUAUUGAUAUUUUUCAAGCGGUCAAACUUCUUCGAACGCAGCGACCGUCGAUGGUGCAGACACUGGAUCAGUAUCAGUUUCUGUAUUUUGCGGCCUUGGAAUAUCUCAAUUCUUUUGAUGAAUACAAUAAUUCCUAAGCCAUAUGUUGAGCACUGCCAGAUUUGUUUGUGCUUCAAAUUACCGAUGAUUCCUUUCAUGCCUUAAAUGUUUCCAAAGAGAAACGAAUGCUUCAUGUUGUUUACUCUGCGCUGUCGGCCAUUUUCCGAGGACCAGUUUGAUCGCAUUCCGCUGUGGCGUCAUUGGACGCAUCUUCGCUGGCGCAGUGCUGAUCAGCGUUUAGUCAUUUCCAUGCCAAACACGUAUCUCCUCUUGUGCAGUUAGAGAAGUUUUUUUAUUUUUUGUUUGUAGUUUUUUGUGCAACCUAAAGUGGAUUUGAUGUAAUUUUAGUUUUUAAUUUUAAAGAUUUGAAUGUACAAACAGAAUUUCUUGGUUUUUGUUGCUUUCGGUAUUUGUGAAUGGUUAAAAUAAUUUGGUUGCAUUGCCUGUGGACCGGGGCUGUGUUCAACCCUUCGCAUGUUUUUACCUUGGAAUUGGUUCGAUGUUGCUUUUAAAGGCAUCGUUCCUCUCCUCUGCUCAAAUGAAAGCGAUACCAAAUAAAAAUAACGUAAAG